UGGGAUAUUACUGUAAAGACUAGUAAUGUUUUAUCCAGUGGCAUAAAUCCUAAAAUGUCCUUAACCAUUUGCUGUGAGCGAGGCACUUGUGCACCAGUCAUAUUUCCAAAAGGCUCACUUCGAAGGGCUCAGACCUAUAUUACCAUGAUGGAAAUGGACAGAGAUUAUGGAGCCAUAAAGAAAGUACGUUUGCAAGUAGAAGAUGCUGAAGAUGGGGAAGUCUGGCAUUGCCAUGAGGUAAUACUUCAACACAAGAAAAAUAAGGAAAGAAUAGAAUUUCCUUUUCUGCAACUCUUCACCAAUGUCGAAGGAUGCACAGUGUCUGAACUUCCAGUUCUCAUAGCCAACUGUGGUUUCUCAACAGUUAAAGAAUAUGUUAUUUCUAUUACUACUGGCAAAACUUCAAAGUCAAGUACCAACAUGGAUGUAUAUGUCACCUUAUGGGGAUCCUUAGGAGAUACAGGAAAAAGGAAGCUAACCAGGAAAGGAGUGAAACUUUUCACCGAAGGAAAGGUGGAUGUGUUCAGAGUUGAAGCAGUAGAUAUUGGUCUUUUGCAAAUGUUGGAUGUGGAAAAAGGGAAAGGCUCCGACUGGCACCUAGAGAAGAUUACUGUGAGAGAGGCAUCAAUGCAAGGAAAAGAAAUAGUGUUUCUAGCUCACAAAUGGCUAAAAAAUGGAAUAAAUUCAAAAAUUACACUGAAUGUUACAGAAAUCGAGGAAAUCAGGCAUGUGAAUGCCUUGCCACCAGAAAGCCAGCAAAUGAAGUCAGAAGGCACAUGGAAAAUUUAUCUGAAGCUUCAAGAAAAAUCAGGUCAAGAAUAUGAAUAUGUUGGGCCAAAUAUUCCCAAUCUGGUUAUGAUUCUGUAUGGGACUUAUGGAAAGUCAAGACCAGUGACUCUAAAUACCAGGCUAGAACAGCACACUGAGGAUACAAUGACAACUGAGGUAUUUAUGCCCUCUGAUUUAGGAACCCUUUAUAAAGUCAGGUUGAGUUUGGAGAGUUUGAGUUCCAGCACAUCACAGCUGUCUGUUCAUCAUUUUAAAAUGCAGAAUAAAGCAACCUUGGAUACCUUUAGUUGUUCUAUAAAUAAAACACUUCCUCUUUCUUUUAAUGGAGAUAGAUGCAUUGAGUUCCCUGUCGAGUGGCCAUUAAAAGAAGCACUGUCUGUUGUUAGGUAUCAGGUGAUGGUCUUCUCAAGCAAUUUUUCCCACUUGAAGAGUUUAGUUAAAGUCAAUAUUUGCAUCUUUGGAAACCAUGGUGAUACGGGAGAUCGGGCUCUUCUUCUUCCUGUGGAGGAUUCACACCAGCAGAGAGAAGACAUAGAGUCUUUUGCCCUGGAGGCUGUUGAUUUAGGAGAACUGCAGUAUGCCAACCUUUCCAUCAGCAGUUUAACAGGCUGUGAAUUAGAUAUGAAAGCAUUGCAUGUGAUGGAGACAUUAAAGACAGAGCCCAUUUAUGUAUUUGAAGUGAAUAAAAAGUUUAUCAUGGAUGCUGAUAAGCCUAAAAUUCAGAGAAAAAUCUCAGUCUCUUCUAUUAUGAACAAAAGAAAAAUUGAAUCAACCAGUGAAAUGCCUCGUAAUUCCCAUGAAGGAAAAGGCUCCAAACCUGAUCUGAGUAUAUAUCAAAUUAAAGUGUAUACAGGCAAUGUUAAAGGAUCAGGCACUAAUGGCAAGGUCCACAUGACCCUCUUUGGAAAUAAAAACACCUCUGAAUCUUUUCUUCUCACUGAAUCAUUGGAGCAUACAAAUCCUUUUGAAAUGGGAAAGGUCAAUACAUUCCAAUUUAAAACAAAGAACUUAGGAUGCCUAGACAGAAUUGAAAUUGUACACGAUGGAAAAGAACUCAUUAAUCGCUGGUUUUUAGAAAAAGUGGAAGUCAUAGAUAUGUCUACAAAGGAAAUGUACUGCUUUCGAUGCAAUCGGAUCAAGGAAGAGUAUACAGAAUGGAGUUUGAAACAGAGGAGCCCCCUGUAUUCAUGGGCUCAUGACAACUGAAUCCAGAGACUAGUGGCUUACUGAAGAUGAACAUGAUGGACUCGCUGUUAUAAAACUCUACUCAUAAAUUUGUUUUUUUUUCUA